CCCAUUGGCGGCGCCGGCCGGCGGCGCGCUCCCGCGGGCAAAGGGCGCGGUUCCCAGCUCGGUCCGCCGCUCCCAUGUUCGGCGAGCGGGCCGCGGAGCUGGUGCGGGGGCUGCACCGCGCCGCUGACGGGCACCUUCCCGCCUUCCACGACGAUGGACUCCGGCAAGUUCUUGAGGAGAUGAAAGCUUUGUAUGAACAGAACCAGGCUGAUGUAAAUGAGGCUAAAUCAGGACGAAGUGACUUAAUCCGAACAAUCAAAUUUCGUCAUUGUUCUCUGCUGCGAAAUCGACGAUGUGUUGUUGCAUAUCUGUAUGACCGGUUGCUUCGGAUCCGAGCCCUCAGGUGGGAGUAUGGCAGUGUCUUGCCAAAUGACCUCCGAUUUCACAUGUCCGCUGAAGAAACGGAGUGGUUCAAUCAGUAUAAAAAGUCUCUUGCUACCUACAUGAGGUCUCUAGGAGGAGAGGAAGGGCUGGACCUUACACAGGACAUGAAACCUCCCAAAAGCUUAUACAUCGAAGUUCGGUGUUUAAAGGAUCAUGGAGAAUUUGAGAUUGACGACGGUACAACAAUUCUGUUGAAGAAGAAUAGCCAGCAUUUUUUACCACGCUGGAAAUGCGAACAGUUAAUCAGACAAGGAGUUCUGGAGCACGUUCUGUCAUGAACACAGUGCGGGAGUUGUGGGCCAGCCUCCAUCGACCCUCCUUCCUUGACAAACUCUCUGUAUGAAGGAAAUCAAACCAACUGUAGUGAUGAUUUUAGCAGUGGCAAAUACAGCUUUUCUAGUGUAA